AUGACGGAAAAUAUUCCUCCUGCGACACUACCGCCACCACCUUCAACUGCGGGCGCUCCAGGCUACGAAGGCGCUCCGGGUAGCAACGGACAUACUACCACCAGCAUGGGACCUCCGGCGUUGCCUCCGGUGGUCAUUCCGCAAAAUAAUAAUACUGUCCCGACUCCCGUCACCCCCGGUUCUGCGUUGUCACCCUCCUCGGGCGGUGUGGUUCGAAGAGCUGCGCCAGAACCAAACAAGAGGGCGCUUUAUGUGGGCGGCCUCGACCCUCGAGUCACCGAGGACGUUCUGAAGCAAAUCUUCGAGACCACCGGCCAUGUGGUGAGCGUUAAGAUCAUUCCUGACAAGAAUUUCAAUUCGAAAGGCUUCAACUAUGGCUUCAUCGAAUACGAUGACCCUGGUGCUGCUGAACGUGCCAUGACCACCUUGAAUGGACGGCGAGUACACCAAGCAGAGAUCAGGGUCAAUUGGGCUUACCAAUCCAACUCUUCGAACAAGGAGGACACCUCAAAUCAUUUCCAUAUCUUUGUGGGCGAUCUGAGCAACGAAGUCAAUGACGAGGUUCUGCUCCAGGCGUUUUCUGCCUUCGGAUCGGUUUCCGAGGCACGUGUGAUGUGGGACAUGAAGACUGGUCGAUCUCGUGGCUACGGGUUUGUUGCCUUUCGCGAAAGACCCGAUGCGGAGAAGGCUCUAGCAUCCAUGGACGGAGAGUGGCUGGGCAGUCGUGCAAUUCGUUGUAACUGGGCGAAUCAGAAAGGUCAACCGUCUAUCUCACAGCAACAAGCCAUGGCAGCUAUGGGCAUGACGCCUACGACACCCUUUGGGCACCAUCAUUUCCCGACACAAGGCAUACAGUCCUACGAAAUGGUCGUCAACCAGACUCCCACAUGGCAAACGACCUGCUAUGUCGGCAACCUUACGCCGUACACGACUCAAGCAGACCUCGUUCCCUUGUUCCAGAACUUUGGGUACGUGGUGGAAACCCGAUUUCAAUCUGAUCGAGGGUUCGCAUUCAUCAAAAUGGAUUCGCAUGAGAAUGCGGCAAUGGCCAUCUGCCAACUGUCGGGAUACAACGUCAACGGCCGGCCGUUGAAAUGCUCGUGGGGCAAGGAUCGUCCUCCUACUGGUCAAUUUGAUACCUACUCGCCACAGACCUCAAUUGGUUCUGCAUCCACGCCUGGGGGCUAUAAUCCAGCCUCGCCGUAUUUCUCACAAUAUGGAGGACCCGGACCAAUCACUCCGCAAGGUCCAAGUCCUGGUGGUCGUGGUGCUUGGGAUUCAAGCCAUCUCGCGAGCCCGUACACUGCAUCUCCGCAAUCUGCGUUUGGUCAAGUACCUCCGUCAGCUGGUGGCUAUGGACGUGGUCAGACAACUCCUGGAGGAAUGUUCCAACAGCCCCCACCAUCAUUCGGCAACAAUUACCCAGGGUACCAGGCAUAG